AUGGCAUUACGUACAUUGAAUGAAAACUAUUCUCUUGCCUGGCUGGAAAUGAGUACAAUUACUUUGUUCACUUUGAUGGGUAGUUUAUUCACUUUACUCAGCUUUAUCAAAAAUCAUACUGAAAGAUCAAGAUUCCGACUUGAAACUGUUUGUGAUUCUAUUAAUACAGCAUCAGAGCAGAUCGCCAAUACACCUUACAUACUGUUACAAACAUCCUUAGCGGCUGUCGUCACAGCGAAGGAAAAUAUUCAUCGCAAUCUAUCCACGGCGAUUCUUGUCAUUAAUAACGUAAUCGUCUGGCUCAUUCGCAUGUAUAAGUCGACUUACCGAUGUCUUUUGGAAUUGGCCGUGCGCUCCGUUUUAUCUUUGGUAACACAAAUCGCUGGUCCCGUGCAGACGGUUGCUCAAGGUGUCACUUCAAUUCUUAACUUAGGUAAUAACGGCGGUGAUAGCUCAACAGCAACACUAAAUUGGACUGGAUCACUUACAGGCCUUCAAAGAAAAAUUGAUGACUGGUUUAAAAAUGAUGAUGAUCUGAUACGUGGAUGGAUCGACACACCAUUUCACGCUUUACAGACACAAUUAAACCACACAUUUUCAUCAUGGCAACCUCCUAAUACCACAGGUGUAACUACAAUACAGCAACAAAAUGGAGUUGCUGCACAUUCAUUACAACUAAUUCCUUGUCAGCCACAACCUUUAUUAAAUGCUCUUAAUAAUGCAGAAUCCCAACUGAUUCAACUGAUUCAAAUCUUUAUCGGUGUUCUAUUUGCCAUAUUCCUUAUUUGUGUCUUAGUUAAUCUAUUGUUCAUCCGCUUCCGACACGAUAGGGUUACACAAGCUCGUCGUUUAUUUUUGUUGAGACAUCACUAUAAUAGUUGUAACACUAACAACAGUGCUGACGGCGAUUUGAACAAUCAUUCACGUACUUGUCGUUUUGAGAACGACGAACAAGACCAUGUAGACAAACUUCUUUGGACCAUGUCAACGAAACUAUCUUAUCAUAAACGAAAAAAUGUUCUCCAUCAGCUUUUAUGCUUUAUGGUGCAUCCGAUCAUUUUGUAUUGCCUUGUGGUAGGUCUAAGUGGGGUGAUCUUGAUACAUUGCUUAGCAUCGGUCAUAGAAACCAAGGCUGCCCAAGUUUCGCAAGACAUGGUGCAACAUACAGAAGCAUGGAUAACCAAUACAACAACAGAUUAUGUACUUUUCUCUCAAACACAAAUCGCUGAUAUCAAUCAAUGGUUAGAUAACACAGAAAUGAGUUUGAAUGAUCAAGCGUUCGGUGUGAUUAAAAGUUCAGCCAUGGCUAUGAAUGAUUCCUUAACUGCAGUAGUUCAUCAUAUUCAUGGGUUCAUUGAGACUGCAUUAGGUGGUACAAUGCUAGAAAGUCCCGCUAAAGAAUUGACACAGUGUUUAUUGCUGACAAAGAUUGAUAACCUACAACAAGGUUUGACUUGGCUAGCUGGACAUACUUAUAUUCACUUGACUAGGGUUGACAAUGCAAAUUACAUAACUAGAUUUCAAUCAAAAUUACAGACGUCUAUUAGCGACCAUAUCAAUUUUUUAGUUAGUGAUAAUGGUCCCUCCUUUUUAACUGACCAGUUAAACAGUAUGCAUUUCAAUUGA